AUGAUCUGGAAGCGGCUAAUAUUCCUGCUGCAGCUGAGUUUCGGCUAUCGGACGUAUUCCAGUCCCCGAUAUCGAUACAUUCGUUGGGUAGAGAGGCCUCAGACUACAGAAAAAUCACCGAUAUACAGGCGCAAUAUUCGACCGACGUACAGAUACCCCUCCAACUACUACCCUCAUCAGCAUAGAUCCAGAGAUUUGAGCUACAGUUCUUAUGCGCGCAAAGCAGAAGUGCCAAAACCUGAUGUUAUCAAAGUCGAAGCAAGGGACUUACAAGACAUCUCCGAGCAGAUCUCCGCCGCUGUUCGAACAAAUGCGUGUCCCUCGGAUGUUCCUAUCGACAUUCUUUUUCUCUUGGAUUCGAGUUAUAUGACGACGAGUACUGCAUAUUCUCAGUUCAAGAGGCUUGUGGCUUAUAUGGCUUCAACGAUGAUGUAUAGUGACUCGAUGGUGAAAAUGGCGGUGUUUCAGUUUGAUGAAACGCAAACCGAACGAUUCAUUUCCUUCCACGAUUACGACGAGUUUUCCGGCUUCAAAACGAGUUUGUCGGAGAUGAAAAGGAAGGCACUUGGUCGGAAAGGUCGCCACGCGAGCCGACGCUCUCAACGUCAUUUGCGUAGCUUGCGGCGGCGCUUUGGACGCAAUUCCUCCAAAAUGGAAGGAGAUCCGUUUGAAGGAGCUUUGGAUAAUGUGCAAAAGUACGGAUUUUCGCGCUCCCGCGGAGCACGGGCUCAGGCUGUAAAAAUAUUAAUCGUCAUGUCAGGGGAAACGCCGACGUACUCGUCAAAUGCGCUGGCUACCAAGCUUAGAAGUUUCCACGAUGUGAAUAUUUUUGCCGUCGUGGUCGGCGAGGAGGACAGCGGAAUUACCGAUGAGUUCACCGGAAGCGCAAGUCGUAUUCUUCGGGUGAUCAAAGAGAACCGCCUGGUUGAUGAACUCGCACAGUUGCAGCAGCUCAUUUGCCGCGACUUCGAAACUUGCAAUACUUCAUCAUUUCAAUGCCUGAAAAAGUACAACACCGGUGGAUAUGCCAGCAGCUACAUAACAAAAUGCCAUCGAGUAAAUUGCGAACAUGGAAAAUGCCUUACCAAGCCCUGCCAUCCCACUCAAUUCUGCAAGGAAAAGGGCUCCUACGACUUUGAAUGCAGCAAUUCAUCGCUCGAAGCGCAACUCACUUGUGAGGAUUUGUCCUGUGGCAACGGGGUCUACGUAGACGAGUGCGCCUUGGAACCGUGCGAAUACGGUUACGAGUGCAUCAAUACGGCUGGCAGCUACGAAUGCGUUGAUAUCGACGAGUGUGCCCAAGCUCACUGCCCCGAUGGUUUCACCUGCAAAAAUUUCAAAGGCGACUUUAAAUGUUACGAUAUAAACGAAUGCGAUGACAACCCCUGUGACGAAAAUGAAAGUUGUGAAAAUACGGUUGGCGGGUUCUUGUGCAGUUUCAUCGAUCCCUGCGCAAAGGAGCCCUGUGAAGUUGGCUUUGAAUGCAGAGUUAAUGAAGCUGGAUUCGAAUGUGUCGAUAUCAACGAGUGUGAGAAGGAGAAUAUCUGCCCUUCAGGCUACAGAUGCGAAAAUUUUAACGGCGAUUAUGAGUGUAUCGAUAUCGACGAAUGCGCUCACGAAAUAAUGGCCUGUCCAGUUGGAUACAAAUGCGAAAACUCCGAUGGUGAUUUCAAGUGCUCUUUUGUUGACCAUUGCGAAGAAAAUCCGUGCGCUGCAGGACUUGAAUGCAGUAACACGAUCGACGGCUCGUUCAAGUGCAGCGACAUAGAUGAGUGCCUUAAUGAGCCUUGCGACAAAGGCGAGGAAUGUAUUAAUUUGCACGGCGGAUAUAGAUGCGAGGACGUCGACGAAUGCAAAAGGGAGUGUUUAAGUUUGAGUGUUGUGGUUAUUCAUCCAUGCGAAUCGGGUUUCAAGUGCGCUAAUCUGCCAGGGGCUUACGAGUGCAUCGACAUUGACGAGUGCGCGGAAGAAAUAAACACUUGCAGCAAGCGACAAACAUGCCAGAAUACGGAGGGCUCGUUUGAGUGCAUAGAAAUCGAUCUCUGCGAAAAUGCGCAGUGCGAAGCUGGUUACGAGUGUGUCGACUACGUUGAUGGCUUUGAGUGUCUUGAUAUCAAUGAAUGCGUGAUCGAUUCUCCGUGUGAUUUGGGAUUCACGUGUAAAAAUACUCCAGGUUCUUAUCAAUGUGAGGAUUUCGACGAGUGCGCCGUUUUCGGCGAAGCAAACAUCUGCGAAAUCGGCUUCAAAUGUGUCAACAACGUUGGAAACUUUUCAUGUGUGGAUGUCGACGAGUGUCUGGAAAUUGGAUCGUGUCCCGUUGGCUUUGAAUGUUACAACAAACACGGCAGUUACGAUUGUCUUGACAUUAACGAGUGCUUUGAGGAGCCGUGUGACAACGGCUACGCUUGUCUCAAUAAUGAAGGCUCGUAUACAUGUGUCGAUGUGAACGAAUGCACGGCCGAGAGUUGCCAGGCUGGCACAAACUGCGUGAAUACUCUAGGCAGCUACGAAUGCAAAGAUAUUGACGAAUGUGAAAAUUCACCCUGCGAGGAAGGAUUUUAUUGCUCGAACAGUUUCGGCUCCUUUUCUUGCCUCGACGUUGAUGAAUGCGCCACUCUUAGUUCCCCUUGCGACGAUUUUUCAAACUGCGUGAAUACACCGGGCAGUUUUGUCUGUGAAGAAAUUCAAGAGGAAGAAAAAGACGAAGAAGAAGCCGAUUCUACAAGCGAAGCACUCUCGACAUGUGAUGGAGCCAACCACAAAUGCUCACAUACUUGCAUUCUUCUUUCUACGAGUACGAUAAUCGUCGCCCCAUCUACUCCAAUCCACAUUGCUGCUCCAAAUGUUUACUAUCGAUGCGACUGCCCAAAUGGAUACGAGCUUGCUCAGGAUGGCCACACAUGUCUUGACAUUGACGAAUGUCAAAUUCGAAAAGGAGGAUGCUCAGAUUAUUGCUUCAAUACUCAAGGUGGCUAUCGUUGUGUUUGCGGAGAAGGAGAGGAUCUAUCCAGCGAUAUGCAUACUUGUGUCAGCAAAUCACGGAAGAACAAGAACAGCGGCUGCAAAGUGGAGUGCGAAAACGGGCUCUGCAUCGAUGACGUUUGCAAGUGCUCAGAAGGCUGGAAAGGGAACAAGUGUGAUCAGGACAUUGAUGAAUGCAUCCAAAGUCCUUGCAAUCAUGGAAGAUGCAUAAACACUGAGGGAAGCUUCAUGUGCCAGUGUGACAAAGGAUUCCAAUUCGAUUACCAAAUCGACAACUGCGUUGAUGUGAAUGAGUGCCUCUCUCCAAAGAGAAAUCUUUGUGAGCAGGAUUGCAUUAACAAAGAAGGAACCUACAGCUGCAAGUGUAGGGAAGACUUCGUUCUGAGCGCUGACGGGCACUCUUGCGUGCCACUUGGUAUCUGCGCCGAAAAUCCUUGCUACAACAAUGGAAAAUGCGUGAUAGACAAGCAUUCGUUCCACUGCGAAUGCGAGAAAGGCUUUACUGGUCGUCUUUGCCACCAGCAAGUUCAAUUUGAGUUACCAGACUUUCUUAAUAUCGAAUCCGAAAGCAUAAGAUCAGAAAUAACUGCUUGCGAAGAUGAAUGCCGAAACGGCGGGAAAUGCAUGGAAUCGUCUCCGAAUCAGCACCAGUGCCAAUGCACUGAUAGAUACUACGGUCGAAGUUGCGAAAAGUUGCGCUCUGUUCCGAACGUGUGCAAGGACCAAGCUUUUGACAUUGUUUUCUUGAUCGAUGGUUCCAUUCGAAUCGGGCGAAAAAACUACAACAUGGUGAUCGACUGGAUCAAGUCUAUCGUGACUCAACUUAAUAUCAGCCAAGAAAGAUCGCGCAUUGGACUUGUGCAAUUUUCGACCAAAACAGAGAUUGAAUUCGACUUGGCGAGGUUCAACGACAAGAGCAAUUUACUUCAAGGAUUAGAGCAGAGCAAGAACCGAUUCAAAAACAUGGGCUACAAUGCGUACGCCGGCCUUCGUAACAGCAUCGAUCUCUUCCACGGGAAAAAUCCGAGAUUUCUUAUCAUGAUCACUGCCGGUCGCCUUUACAUUCAUCCACGACGACUCAAAGAAGUUCUCAACGCAGCAGAACACAGCAAAGUGGAAGUUUUCGCAGUUAAACUUGGCAAAAUGACGAACGAAGCUGAACUGAUGGGAUUAACCAAAAACGACCGGAGCAUCUUCGGGAUAAGACACAAGAGCGAUUUUAGAAAAGAGGGCGCAGCUAUUCUCACUUCUAUAUGUUUCAAAGAUGACUGGAGAAACAAAAUCAUAGAAGAAGACUGA